AUGACGAUAAGAGUAGGUGAUCGAGUGGAGGUAUUCAAUGUAUAUAAAGCACUCAGAUUGCCAUCCCACUAUGAAGAGCUAUCCAUGAUUUCUAUGGUGGAAAGUGAUGCUACAUCCUUAGUGCCUUAUAUGAGCCCUAUAGAUCCUCUUGAACGAGCUUUGAUUAGGGAUGAAGAAGAUAGUGAAGAUGAAAUGAUGGGAGAACUUGAGCAAGUACUUGAUAUGUCAUGCAGUUAUGUCCAUGGGUUUGGAAAAUUUGAGGAGUUGGACGGGCCUGUCACUCUGACCCCUCCUAAACCAUCUAUUGAAGAAGCUCCGAAGCUAGAACUUAAGCCCCUACCAGCACAUCUACGCUAUGAUUAUUUAGGGAACUCUGAGAUAUUGCCCGUGAUUAUCUUAUCUAGCUUGACUAAUAUACAAGAAGAAAAAUUGCUCAGAGUACUUUGCGAUCAUAAAAAGGCUAUUGGAUGGACAAUUGUUGACAUCAAGGGAAUCAGUCCAUCAUUUUGCAUGCAUAAAAUCUUCUUGAAAGAUGGACACCGCCCUAGUCAACUGGGUAAGCCCAGUUCAAUGUGUGCCCAAAAAGGGGGAAUGACUAUGAUUGGUAAUGAGAAAAAUGAGCUAAUUCCUACUCUCACUAUGACGGGGUGGAGAGUCUACAUUGAUUAUAGAAGGCUCAACAAAGCAACCCGCAAGGACCACUUUCCACUUCCAUUCAUUGACCAAAUAUUAGACAAAUUAGUGGGGCAUGAAUAUUAUUGCUUCCUUGAUGGUUAUUCAAGAUAUAAUCAGAUUGUCAUAUGCCUAGAAGAUCAGGAGAAGACUACUUUUACUUGUCCCUAUGGCAUUUUCGCCUUCAAGCGAAUGCCGUUUGGUCUUUAUAAUGCACUAGCUACCUUCCAGAGAUGCAUUAUGGCUAUUUUCACUGAUAUGGUGGAAAAAAUUAUGUUGCUUGAAAAAAAUGUAACUUUCAAUUUUGAUGAUGCUUGCCUCAAGACAUUUGAAGAACUCAAAAAGAAGUUGGUGGCUGCUCCCAUUAUUGUGGCACCAGAUUGGUCUUUACCAUUUCAACUUAUGUGUGAUGCGAGUGACUAUGCUAUUGGAGCAGUGCUAGCCCAGAGGAAAGACAAGGUGUUUCAUUCCAUCUACUAUGCGAGUAAGACUCUUAAUGAUGCACAACUAAAUUACAUCACUGCUGAAAAGGAGUUGUUAGUUGUUGUGUGGGCCUUUAAGAAAUUUUGGGCAUAUUUGGAAUUUUAUGUAGCAAUACGAGAUCGAAAGGGCACAAAGAACCAAGUAGCUGACCAUCUAUCAAGGCUGGAAAAUCACGACUACGUGGAGGAGGGUGGCCAAAUUAAAGAAGUAUUUCCUGAUGAGCAGCUUUUUGCUAUUAUCUAA